CCUCUUCAAGCUAAAUAUUUAUUCAGUGACUCCGAAUCUUGUGAUCGCAGGCGAUAUUUACUCAGAGUCAUGGCAUCCUCCAGUAGUUUUCUAAAUGAGGAGCUCCAGUGCUCCAUCUGUCUGGAUGUGUUCACUGAUCCAGUCACCACUCCAUGUGGACACAACUUCUGCAGAACCUGCCUGAACAAGUGCUGGACAAACACACAGACCUGCUUCUGUCCACUCUGUAAAGAAAAGUUCAGCAGAAGACCUGAUCUCAAGAUUAAUACAACACUGAGAGAGAUUGUUGAUCACUUAAAGGAGAAGCUCAAUCCAGAAAGAUCUGAGGGGUUCUGUGACUUCUGUGAUGAAAGAAAGCAGAAAGCCGUGAAGUCCUGCCUGACGUGUCAAAGCUCUUACUGUGAGACUCACCUGGAGCCUCAUCUUAGACUCCCACGUCUAAAGAAACACACACUGAUCAACGCUGUGGAAAAUCUGGAGGAUUAUAUAUGCCAGAAACACGAGAGACCUCUGGAGCUGUUCUGCAGAGAUGAUCAGACGUGUGUGUGUCUGUCCUGCACUGAAGGAGACCACAGGACUCACAACACUGUUCCUAUAGAGGAGGAGAGUCAAGAGAAGAAGAAUCAGCUGGAUAAGAAAAAGACAGAUGUGCAACAGAUGAUCCAGGACAGAAUGAAGAAGAUUCAAGAAAUCCAGCACUCAGUAGAGCUGAGAAAAAGGAACACAGAGGAAGAGAAAUCGGCCAGUGUUGAGCUCUUCACUGAUCUGAUCCGCUCCAUUAAGAGAUGUCGGUCUGAGCUACUGAAGAUGAUGGAGGAACAGCAGAAAGCAGCAGAGAAACAGGCUGAAGAUCUCAUUAAAGAGCUGCAGCAGGAAAUCACUGAGCUGAAGAGGAGAAACACUGAGAUGGAGCAGCUCUCACACACUGACGAUCAUCUGCACCUCCUGCAGAUGUACUCAUCUCUGUGCAGUCAUCCACACACCAAGAACUGGACUGAGAUCAGGAUUGACUCUGAUGUGAAUGUGCUCCCUCUGCAUAGAGCUCUGACACAACUGAAGAAAACUCACAAGGCUCUAAAUAAAAAACUCAGUCAAACUGGGUUGGGGUGUGUACAGAAGUAUGUAGGUACAGUAUGACUGACACCAAUUUCUUCAAUACACUUAAAAUAAUUUAUAAUCUG